AUGGUGAGGCUUGCCAAGCGCUACAGGAGUGACAAGCAGUCUAUCUACAUCGGUGGUACCGACAUUCCAAUCACUCUAACAGAUGUAAAGCAAAUAAUGGACCUUCCGAUAGAAGGGAAAGACAUAAUUGUCCAUAUGCAACAACCUUUUGACAAAAAAUUGUUGGAUGCUUAUGGAAGUGAAGGGAAACUUUUAAUUUCUCACCUUGAGAAACUCAUUAUAGCAUCCAAAACUCCUGAUGAUCAUUUCAUCAGGACAUUUGUGUUGUACACUAUCGGCGUUAUUCUAGCACCAACAACAAAGGGCUACGUUAAGAAGAAAUAUUUAAAAAUUGUUGAGAACGUGCUAGACAUUCCCAAAUUUAGCUGGGGAUUUUUCACAUUGAACAAUUUGUUUAGUUGCAUCUGUAAGUUUAAUGAAGACGAUGACCAGGCUCUUCAAGGAAAUCUACCUUUGCUGCAAGUUUGGUACUGGGAGCAUGUCCGUGCUGGCUCUGUUAUCUAUUCUGCUAUACAACCUCCGCUGCUGGCACGUUGGAAUGAAGACAUUGCAAAACUUAGAACAGAUGCUUAUGGUUCUGGCAAUCUAGAUCGAGGAGUGGUUACCAAACAAAUUUGUGCGCCAAAUGGACCGACAAACACUACAAAUGGUCAUGCUACCUACACAAAUAAAAUCGUGGAUAAAGAUGUUACCUAUCGAGCACAACCACAAUGUCAAACUAUUAGUAGCCAACAAAUGGAUAUGAUACUUCAAACCAUCGACGAGCGCAUUUCACAUCAUGAGAAGAAGAUAGGCAGGCAACUAAUGGAAAUAGAGCACAAACUUGACGCCAAACUAAUUGCCAUAAAUGAGGACCUGAUAGAUAUUAAGAGAACCAAUGGAGCACAACCUAGGCUGUCAAAGGCGGAGGACGAACUUAGAGACGUCAAAAAAGAACUCGAGGAAAUGAAAUUCCUAAUUCGGACAAAUACACAACCAUCAGCAUCAAAGGAUACAUACGUCCAGGAGCAAGUCAAUCGAGGAGAAUAUGACUUGCGACCAUAUCCUCGGGCUCAAGCAUCGACGACAAUGUUUAGUGAUACUACUGCAAGAACACCAAGCGCAAAGCACGUCGUGCCAAACAAGGAGUGUGACAAACGCAAACAGCCGCGAAAGCCUAUAUUCGACGAUGAUUACAACAUUACAGAUGAAGACAUGGAAGUGGCACUUUUCCUCCGCGAGAGUUACGAUGUUGCUGAAGUAGCCAACAUUGGAGAAUGUGUCCUAAAAGUCUACCAGCUGAAGCCAUGCGUGAACAAAGGAUUCUUUUACGACCAGGUUAUUGAUGCAUAUGCACACAUAAGCAAUGUUGAGACUGCUACGACAUCAGUCUUAACAACAGCAGAAAGCAGGAAGCUGUUACAGGAAUGUCGGGGUUUAACUCCCAAAAGACCCAGAAGCUGGGUUGAACGUAUAGCGAAGAAAUUUGUAGGGCGCCGAAUGGUGCGCGUCCCACUCAAUGUACAUAAAUCCCAUUGGCUUCUACUAGUCUUUAAUUUCGACAAGGAAGAGGUUUAGGUCCUCAACUCCCACCAAGCAUAUCAUGACGAAGAGUCGGAAAGAGACCUGGUGUUGUCCAUUCAGUCGUGCAUUAACGAAGCCGUGAACACUGGCUGGGUAACAACGUCUAAGCAGAUCAAUAUUGCCCAGUGGAAUACCGUAUGCUAUACUAACAUACCACAACAGAAGGAUGGG